CCGAGAUCGCCAGUUUCACGACGCCGAUCAGCUUGAAAAACCUCCCCAACAUCGAUUCAUGGCUCCUUCCAAAUCCCAACCACAUCUUUAAGCCCUAGGCACUACUUACCAGGAUCUCUGCAAAACCACCAGAAUCAAUGUCUUCGUCUUCCACUUCUAUAAUGGACAACUUAUUCCAACGAAGUCUCGAAGAUCUAAUCAAAGGCUUUCGUCUCCAGCUUCUCGGAGAAUCCAAUUUCAUUUCUAGAGCCUUAGAAGAAAUCCGCCGCGAGAUCAAAUCCACCGAUCUCUCCACUAAAUCCACCGCUCUUCACAAGCUCUCUUACCUCGCCGCACUUCACGGCGUCGACAUGUCUUGGGCGGCGUUUCACGCCGUCGAAGUCGUGUCCUCUUCACGAUUCCAGCACAAGAGGAUCGGUUACCAAGCAAUUACUCAAUCAUUCAACGAUCAGACCUCGGUUAUGCUUCUGAUCACUAACCAGGUGCGUAAGGAUUUGAAUAGUGCUAAUGAAUACGAGGUUAGUCUAGCUUUGGAAUGUUUGUCUAGGAUUGGAACUCAUGACCUAGCUAGAGAUUUGACUCCUGAAGUGUUUACUCUCUUAGGUAGUAGUAAAUCUUUCGUUAAGAAGAAAGCAAUUGGUGUGGUUUUGAGGGUUUUUGAGAAGUAUCAUGAUGCGGUUAAGGUGUGUUUCAAACGUCUUGUUGAGAAUCUUGAAAGCUCUGAUCCGCAGAUUUUGUCUGCUGUAGUUGGAGUGUUCUGUGAGCUGGCUACAAAGGAUCCUCAAUCUUGUCUUCCUUUAGCUCCUGAGUUCUAUAAAGUAUUGGUUGAGUCAAGGAACAAUUGGGUUCUGAUCAAGGUUCUUAAGAUAUUUGCUAAGUUGGCCUCCAUUGAGCCGAGAUUGGGUAAGAAGGUGGCUGAGCCGAUCUGUGAACAUAUGAGCAGGACUGUGGCAAAGUCUCUAGUGUUUGAGUGUGUUAGAACUGUGGUGAGUAGCUUGAGCGAUAACGAAGCAGCCGUGAAACUUGCUGUUGCUAAGAUCCGGGAGUUUCUGGUGGAAGAUGAUCCAAAUCUCAAGUAUCUCGGUCUUAACGCCUUGUCCAUUGUUGCUCCAAAGCAUUUGUGGGCAGUUUUGGAGAACAAAGAGGUUGUCGUCAAGGCUAUGAGCGAUGAGGAUCCGAAUGUUAAACUCGAGGCAUUGCAUCUCUUAAUGGCGAUGGUGAAUGAAGAUAAUGUAUUGGAAAUAACCAGGAUUCUUAUGAAUUAUGCACUCAAAUCAGACCCUUUGUUCUGCAACGAGAUUAUAUUUUCUGUCUUAUCAGCAUGCUCCAGGAAUGCAUAUGAGAUCAUAGUUGAUUUUGAUUGGUAUGUGUCUCUUCUUGGUGAGAUGGCUAGAAUUCCACAUUGUCAAAGAGGGGAAGAGAUAGAGCAUCAGUUUAUCGAUAUCGGUAUGAGGGUCAGAGAUGCUAGACCGCAGCUAGUUCGUGUUUCUUGGGCAUUUCUCAUUGAUCCUGCACUACUCGGUAACUUGUUCUUGCACCCGAUAUUAUCCGCAGCUGCGUGGGUUUCAGGGGAAUAUGUUGAAUUCUCUAAGAAUCCAUAUGAAACUGUGGAGGCGCUUCUGCAACCACGCACUGGUCUCUUGCCACCCUCCAUAAGAGCUGUCUACAUACAUUCAGCUUUCAAAGUUCUUGUCUUCUGUCUCGGGUCUUACUUCUCGUCUCAGGAUACCACUUCGUCAUCCUUGGCUCAGGAGUCAAGUUCUGGUUCUUCGUCGAUGAAUGCUUUCACACAUGGUUCUAUAUUGAAUCUGGUGAAUGUGAUUGAGCGUGAUUUGGGGCCGUUAUCUGAAACACAUGAUGUGGAAGUGCAGGAGAGAGCUAAGAAUGUUUUAGGAUUUAUCGGUAUGAUAAAGCAAGAUAUAGCUGAGAAAUUAAACCUCCAAGACAAUGAAACAGAAUCUUUUGGAGUCGCAGCAUUCAUGGAAGAUGUGUUCUCAGAAGAGAUCGGUCCUGUUUCUGCAGCUGCACAAGAAAAGGUUUGUGUACCGGAUGGGUUAGAGCUGGAAGAGAAUCUCGGCGUUCUGGAUGAGAUCUGUGGGGAAUUUCUUAAACCUGUGGAAUCGGAUUUGGUGUCAUACACGGACAUGAUCAGCUUUUCUGUCUCCAAACUCAGAAUCAGAGAUCAACAAGAAGCCUCUUCAUCUUCAUCUCCUCCACAUGAAGCUUCAUCUCUGCUAGCUGAACACCGCAAACGCCAUGGCAUGUAUUAUCUUACUUCUCAAAAGGAUGAUCCAGAUAGCAACGGCACGCACAGUGAUUAUCCUCUGGCAAAUGAAUUAGCAAACGAGAUAUCCCAGGAUCCAUUUAACCCCAAGAGAAAGCCGAACCAAUCUAAACCGAGGCCUGUAGUGGUGAAACUAGAUGAUGGAGAUGAAUCAAGAAUCACUCCUCAAGCAAAAACAAAUAUACAGACAGGUAAUGACGAUGAAUCUUUGUCACGUGCGAUCCAAAGCGCUCUUCUGGUAAAGAACAAGGGAAAAGAGAAAGACAGGUACGAGGAAAAUCCGAAUUCAAGACAACAGGAAAAAGAAGAGAGCUCGAGAAUUGAAAAUCACCAGAACUCAGAGAAGAAGAAGAAGAAAAAGAAGAAGAAUGGAGAGAGAAGUAGUAAGCACAAAUCACGACGGCGAAAUGAAGUAGCUUCUGCUUCAGAACAAGUUAUAAUCCCAGAUUUUCUCUUAUGAGUGAGUGAAACACAUUAUAAUCCCAGAUUUUCUCUUGUGAUUGAGUGAAAAACCAGUUUGUGUUUAUUUAGAAUCUGUUUAUGUUCUCAUACACAGAAACCAAAAAAAAUGUGUGUUGUGUAA